AUGUACGGCGCAGCAAUUGGCGCGCUCUCGCGCUGCGGCCGCUGGCAAGAGGCCUUGGGGAUGCUAGAUGAGCUGGCGGAGUGCGAGCUGGAGCCCAAUGCCGCUGUCUACGGCGCGGCGGUGCACAGCUGCAAGCGCCACGGGCGGUGGCAGGAAUCCCUGCAACUCCUGGCUGACGCAGAGGAGAGAGCACUGACGAGCGUUCGGAUUUGCAGCGAGGUCAUCAACGUUUGCGGGCAGGCCGCGCAGUGGCCAGAGGCCUGCGCGGCGCUGGGCCUGAAACGACAAGCUCCGAGGCUGCAGCGCCAUGGCCUGCAAGCAGACGCUGUUGCCCACAGCUCCGCCAUUGCCGCCUGCGCGCGAGGCUUCGCCUGGCCAGCGGCUUUGCACCUGCUGCAGAGCAACGAGGCAGAGGCGGGUCACACUGCGGCAAUCAGCGCCUGCGAAAAGGGCCGAGAGUGGCGCCUGGCACUCCAGAUCUUCGGAGCGAUGCCCGCAGCCAGGAUCGCCACGACCACUGUCAGCUGCAGCGCUGCCAUUAGCGCUUGCGAGAAAGGCCAGGCAUGGGAAGAGGCGCUGUCUUUGGCUGAGGACGCGGACAUGAUCGGCCUCAGCGCUGCAAUGAGUGCUUGCACCCGCGCAUUGCAUUGGCAGAAGGCUUUGCAGCUCUUCAGCAACAUGAAGCAGCCAGACCUGCCGGCCUGCGGCGCGGCCGCCUUCGCUUGCCAGCAGGGCACCUGUUGGCAAGGGACCCUGGAGUUGCUUUGUCCAGACCGGGCGGCCUAUUCUGCUGGCAUCACCUCCUGCGCGCAGAGUCUCGAGUGGGAGCGCGCCACUGAACUCUGGGCGGAGUUCCUGAGGACUGGCAUCCAGCCGCAGAUGCUUGACUACGCUGCCAUGGCCUUUGCCCACGGCACGGCACGGCAAUGGCAGCGAGUGGUGGAGCUACAGGUCCAGGUGAGGCGCCUGGGAUGGCUGCCCAGCGGCAUGUACGCCAGCAUCAUCAGAGGUUUGGGCGGGGCAUUGCACUGGGAGAAGGCCUUGGCAUUACUCCCGGAGCUGAAAUCCUUGGGCCCAGAGCCGGACGCAGUAGCUCUGGGCAGCCUGGCGGUGGAGGCGGCCCGCAGCUGGCAGUGGCGACAUGUUCUUGCCCUCAUGGACACCACCACGGACUCCUUGACUCGGAGCACCUUGCUGAGCUCAUGCAGCCACACCCAGCACCUGGCGCAAGCACUGCCCUACUUGUACAAACGGCGUUCGGUGCGCCUGAGUGCCUGCGCUGGCCUUGCAGCGCAGGGCGUGGCAGUGAGGGCGAACGCCGCUGCUUGGCGCAUGCUGCGCGACCUGCAGAAGAUCGCCUCAGCGCCGGAGUGGCAGCAGCGCAGCCAGGACGCAGAGCCGCUGGUGAGUCUGGAAGGUCGGGAUGCUGCUGGUGCAAAACAUGUGAAUGCGCUUCGGUGA